AUGUUGCAGGUUUGCGAUGGCCCUAUAUGGGUUGUCGAUGACCUAUCAAAGUGCUUUCAAGAGAAAUAUCUCAAUAUCAUUUUCCCAUUACUAUCCUGCGGUAUAUCGUUACUGUUUAUAAUUAUACGCCUCCUCCAUAAUAGACUUACUACUCGCAAGAAACGAGGCUACAGACCAAUCUCGACAAGCAUACCUCCCCACAAUGGAGCCGAGACGCAGUCGAGUGACGCUGAAGAAGACGAAGAAAGCGAUCUGAUGCUACAUAAAGCUAUAAGCAGAACGAAUGACGCGCCUUUAGAAGUCGAUACUCCUCGCGGAAAGUGGCUUUUGACGGUGAUAGAAAUACUUGCAGUAGGCGGACAGGUUGCAGCCACUGCCGGCGCCAUUGCUUCUAUCUCGGCACAUCAGGAAUCCACAGCUCCAGCUCUCGCUCGACUUUCAGCUUGGAUAUACAUACUGCUUCUAGUGGCCAUGAGGCUCAUUUUAUCCCUAUAUGAGCGCCCUUCAGUCGCUAGACUUUGGGACCAUACCGCUAUUCUCUACGGCCUUCAGUGGCUCUUCAUAAUCUUUGUUUUCCGAUCCGUACUCAUCCACCCGGAGAGGCAUCCAGAUCAGGCAUUCGUGAUCGUCAACUUCGCCCUCGCGUCUUUCCUCUUGCUCCUAGCAACGACCACCAGGAAAGGCAACAAGACGGUCGUUAUUCAACAUGACGAAGACUUGGUCCCUCCCCGAGACCAGUUCGCUAGUCUCUUGUCUCUAAUGAGUUUCUCAUGGAUGGACUCUAUGGUUUGGAGGGGAUACAAGAAGACUAUGGAAAUGUCAGAUGUCUGGAACCUGAAAUCAAGCUAUCAAGCUUCUGCAGUGAUCCUCGAGUUUCGCCGAGCAAGGACCGCAUCUAAAUUAACAUGGAGAUUUUUUCGUUUCUUCGAUCGACUGCUCCUGAUCCAGGGAAUUUGGACCAUUUUUGCGGGUCUGUUCACCUUUUUACCUACUUGGUUGCUGAAACUUAUCCUAGAACAUGUGGAAGACCCCUCUUCUGUACCAAGCAAUGCGGCUUGGUUUUAUGUCAUCCUCUUGUUCGUUUGUGGAGUUAUUCAGGCUGUUGGCGAUGGUCAAGCACUGUGGCUGGGGCGGAAACUCAGCGUCAAAUUUCGAGCAAUCAUAAUCGGUGAACUCUAUGCCAAAGCGCUGCGAAGGAAGGCUGGAGCCUCUGCUGCCGCUGCGGAGGACAAACGGGAAGAAGACAGUCCGCGAAAGGAUAAAUCUUCAAAGAAGAAAGGGAAGAAGAAAAAGAAAGACAAGCAAAAGACCGAAGACGAGGAGGUGGAAGUUUUUAGAAAUGGAGAGUCCGAAUUUCCGGCCAACAUUGGUAAAAUUAUCAACCUCAUGGCCAUUGACUCGUUCAAAGUUAGUGAAAUUUCUGCGUACCUGCAUUUUGUCUGGGCUAGUGUACCAGUGCAGAUUAUUGUUGCGAUCUUUCUGCUAUACAAGAUUGUUGGCUUCAGUUCUUUUGCUGGUAUCGCUUUGAUGCUGCUCAUUGCUCCCUUUAAUAUGUUCAUCGCUUCCCAAUUCCGAAGUGUUCAGAACAGCAUCUUGGCUGCGACUGACUCGAGAAUCCAUGCAACCAACGAGGCAUUGCAAAAUAUCCGUAUCAUCAAGUACUUUGCUUGGGAACAACGCUUCGAAGAUAUUAUCAACGAAAAACGAAGGAUAGAGCUGAAGCACCUCCGCCGACGAUAUAUUUUGUGGUCUAUUGCCGCUACAGCCUGGUAUGGUACCCCGUUCAUUAUCACCUUUGCCACGUUUUUUCUCUAUACUGUCGUCGAAGGCAAGAAAUUGGUGCCAUCGAUUGCUUUCCCGGCCCUCUCAAUGUUUUCCUUGUUACGAGUUCCUUUGGAUCGACUAGCAGAUAUGGUAGCGCACAUUCUAGAAUCAAAAGUCUCCAUCGACCGCGUUGAGGAGUUUUUGAAUGAAGAGGAGACGGAAAAGUACACUCAGCUACGCAAGCCCUCUCAAGACCAACCGGUAAAGAUAGCACUCGAAAAGGCAACUCUAUCUUGGGGUUCUAAAAGGGGUGAUACAGAACGGGAUGGCAAUGAUGCCGCUCCAGAAGCGUUCCGUCUUUUCAACAUCGAUGUCUCAUUCCGUGUUGGGAAACUCAACGUUAUCGCUGGACCGACUGGCUCCGGCAAAACAUCCAUAUUAAUGGCACUUUUAGGCGAAAUGAGACUCGUUGAAGGACAAGUUUAUCUUCCAGGUGGAAUUAGUGAUCGCGCAGAUUUACGCGUUGAUCCGGCUACGGGUUUUACUGAGAGUGUGGCAUAUUGCGCGCAAGAAGCAUGGCUCGUCAACGCCACCAUCCAGGAUAAUAUCUUGUUUGCCUCGCCCUACGAUGGCGGCCGGUAUAAUGCCGUAAUUCAAGCUUGUGGGCUGGAAAGAGACUUGGAAAUUCUUGAUGCCGGUGACCAGACCCUGGUUGGAGAGAAGGGAAUCAGUCUCUCAGGAGGACAGAAGCAACGAAUCUCUUUAGCGCGAGCGAUGUACAGCAACGCGCGACAUCUCCUUCUCGACGACUGUCUGAGCGCCGUGGAUUCGCAUACAGCCAAACAUAUAUUUCAACAGGCUCUGAUUGGACCACUAAUGAUGGGGCGCACCUGUAUCCUAGUCACCCAUAACGUUUCUUUGGUAUUGUCACGCUGUGAUUAUUUGAUAGUCCUCGACAACGGGAGGGUUACUUCUCAAGGCUCCCCGCAAGAAGUCGUCUCGUCUGGCGCUCUCGGCAAAGAGCUGCUUCAGUCACGGCCUCCGUCGAGGGAUGAGUCGUAUACUGCUUCCCAGGUAGAGUCACGGGCUGAAGAGAACGCGAGCGAAGUAAAGGGAGACGCACAAGAUGCCAAUGCGAAGCCAAACAAUCAGAUUGAAUCCAACGGGGCCGCCAAAAAGGACAAGAAAAAAUCCGGCUCUGGCCUCGCGGAAGAAGAAAAAAUCACUGGUAGCGUCCCGUUCUCAACAAUUUACAUGUACCUCCGCGCUAUGGGUUCGUGGCAUUUCUGGGUCGUCGCAACGCUGGUCUUCAUACUACAACAAUUUGGAUCUCUAGCUCCGAAUAUAUGGGUUAGAAGUUGGGCAAACGCAUACAAAGCAUCUGGCGACGAUUCCAACUCUCGUGGUUUCACAAACCUCCAUGUCACGACUUUGAGUACAGCUAACAUCCCUCGGCCCUACUGGUGGCCCUCAUCUGUCAGCAAAUCUGUCAGUGGACUCUCAUCGACGACUAACGUCAACGUCGUGUAUUAUCUGACUGUCUAUGCGCUCCUGGCCGCCGCCUAUAUCCUUGUUUCCUUCUUUAGAGAACUGGUUCUCUUCUGGGGCUCGUUGCACGCUUCGUGGAAGUUACAUUCAUGGCUGCUUCGUGCAGUAUCGCAUGCAAAAUUCAAAUUUUUCGAUUCAACACCUCUAGGUCGCAUUAUGAAUCGAUUCUCCAAAGAUAUUGAAGCGAUUGACCAGGAGGUUGCUCCCACUGCUAUUGGCAUGCUCCAUUGCAUGGCUUCUGUGUUGAUGAUUGUGAUAUUGAUAUCGGUUAUUACACCAGGCUUCUUGAUUGCUGGUGUGUUCAUUACAUUGUUGUAUUUUGCUCUUGGAACCCUAUACCUCCACGCUUCUCGAGAUUUGAAGAGGCUGGAAUCGGUGCGACGCAGUCCUCUAUACCAGCAAUUUGGCGAGACUCUGAACGGCGUGGUCACAAUUCGAGCGUACGGUGAGGGUGCCCGGUUUAUCUUGGAUAAUCACCGUUUGAUUAACGAAUAUAACCGACCUUAUCUUUACCUAUGGGCAAGUAAUCGGUGGCUAGCUUUCCGAGUCGACAUUACCGGUGCUAUGGUGUCAUUCUUCUCUGCAGCUUUUAUCAUGCUCAACGUCGGCCGUAUCGAUGCUGGUGCUGCGGGUUUGUCUUUGACAUAUGCCAUCACUUUCACUGAAAAUAUUCUGUGGCUGGUUCGCUUGUAUGCGGAGAACCAACAAAAUAUGAAUUCUGUUGAGCGAGUGGAAGAGUACCUCAAGGUGGAACAGGAGGCGCGAGCUAUCAUCCCUGAAAAUAGGCCUCCAAAGAACUGGCCCAGCCGCGGUGCUGUGAAAUUUGUUGAAUAUUCAACUCGCUACCGUUCCGAUCUCGAUCUCGUUCUAAAACGUGUCAGCUUCUCCGUACAGCCUGGCGAAAGGGUAGGAAUCGUGGGAAGAACUGGCGCCGGGAAAAGCUCGUUGGCACUCGCCCUUUUCCGUGGACUUGAAGCAGAAAGUGGAAAGAUAAUUAUCGACGACAUUGAUAUUGGUUUGAUCGGUUUACAAGACCUUCGGCAAGCCAUUACCAUUGUCCCGCAAGACCCCACGCUUUUCACUGGCACAUUGCGUAGCAACCUUGACCCAUUCGGUGUCUUCACCGAUGAGGACAUCUUCACGGCCCUUCGCCGAGUCCACCUCAUCGGGGCCGCUACGUCUGCCCAACAAUCGGAUGGAGAAUCUGUGAUCCAAGCUAGCCGCAGCACUGCAACGUUACUAGAUAGCGAGCCCAUCGAUUCGGAUACGGACCUUUCCUCCACUGCCCGCUUCCGUGACAACAAGAACAUCUUCCUAAACCUCUCUUCUCCCGUGACAGAGUCAGGAUCUAACCUUUCCCAAGGCCAGCGACAACUUCUCUGCCUCGCCCGAGCCCUGCUCAAAUCGCCCAAAGUUCUCAUGAUGGACGAAGCCACCGCGUCAAUCGACUAUGCCACCGAUGCGAAGAUCCAAGACACGCUCCGGGAACUGAAGGACAACACCAUCAUCACAAUCGCACAUCGCCUGCAGACGAUUAUUGAUUAUGACAAGGUCUUGGUGCUGGAUCAUGGUGAGGUUAUAGAAUAUGACGGACCCUGGCAGCUAAUCAACAAGGAGGGCGGAGUGUUCAAAAGUAUGUGUGAGAAUAGUGGAAACCUGGAUUCAUUGAUCGAAGGGGCCAAAAGGGCAUGGGAGCAGAAGAGGCUGGUGGAUGAUUCCUGA